UUCCAUCAUACCUCUCUUAUCUCCUCCCUUUCGCAAUGGAAGAUGGGAGUCUCCACAUCUUAAUGCUGCCAUGGCUAGCCUUCGGCCAUCUUCUUCCCUUUCUCGAGCUCUCCAAAUCCUUCGCCCUAAAAGGACACCGCAUCACGUUCCUCACCACCCCAAGAAACGUAGCAAGGCUCCCAAAAAUCUCCCCACCAAUCUCCCACCUCAUCAAUUUCUUACAACUCCCUCUCCCUCAAAUCGACCACCCCCCCCCCCUGCCGCAGAACGCCGAGGCCACCAUAGAUCUCCCUUCCGAUCAUCUCCGCCCAUAUCUCAGAAAAGCUUUUGACAGCUUGGGCCAAAAGCUCUCAGAUCUCAUACAAAACAAGCAAAUCUCAUCCCCUGAUUGCAUUGUCUUCGAUUACGCCGCCGCCGCCUACUGGGUUCCGCCAAUUGCAGCAAAGUUUGGAGUGCCGUGUAUAUUCUUUGCUCUCCAUAACGCUGCAGCCUUAUCUUUUUUUGGACCUCCGUCGUCAUUACUGGGCGGAGCCGGUGCCCGUAGUACCGCUGAGGAAUUCACCGUGCUCCCUUCCUGGAUUACCUUCCCAUCCACCAUCGCUUACUCUGCUUUUGAGGCUCGGAAAUUGUUCGAUCCAUCAGUAAUUCCAGAUGCUUCAGGUGUAUCCGAAUCCUACCGAUUUGGGAAAUCGAUACAGGGAUGCCAACUCGUUCUGAUCAGCAGCUGCAAGGACUUGGAGUCUGAAUGGCUACAACUUCUCGACCAGAUUUAUGAGAAGCCAGUAGUUCCUGUGGGGCUUCUCCCUCCCUCAACAGGACAAGGAUGGCACGAGGCAUUUGAAUGGCUGGACAAGCAGGACAAAGGUUCUGUUGCGUAUGUUUCCUUCGUAAGCGAAGUGAAGCUUAGUGCUGCGCAGGUGAAGGAGAUUGCCAUCGGACUUGAAGAAAGCGAGCUGCCAUUUGUCUGGGCGUUGAGGACAGAGUCGGUGCCUGUUGGGCUCGUGGAGAGAAUAAAACACCUUGGACGGGGGCUGGUUUGCUUGGACUGGGUUCCUCAGAUUCGGAUAUUGUCUCACGCUUCGGUCGGGGGAUUCCUGACGCACGGCGGCUGGAGCUCGAUUGUAGAGGGGUUAGGGUUUGGGUUAGCGAUGGUGGUGCUGCCGAUGAUGUUCGACCAGGGGCUGAAUGCGAGGCAUAUGGUGGAGAAGGGAUUAGCUGUGGAGGUGCCGAGGAAGGAGGAUGAUGGAUCAUUCACGAGGGAUGGGAUUGCGAAGAGCUUGAGGUUUGCCAUGGUUGAAGACGAAGGGAAUGCGUUGAGGAAAAGAGCAAAGGAGUGUGUGGAUUUGUUUGGCGACAAGGAGCUGCAUGAUCUCUAUGUAAGUCAAUCAAUUGAACGAAUUAGGCGUCUAGUUGUAUCGGCUUAUCAUGAGCGAUAUUAACCCACUGUGUGCUUAUGAAUACGUGCGUAUGACUCUGAAUAAGGUUCCAAUAGCUCAGUUGCUUCCAAUAACUCAGUUAUUGAGGGUUAACACCAAUAACCUCUAAAUAAUCUAUCAAUACAUUCCGCGAUUAGGUGAUCAUCUUUUUCCCUGUCGUUCGAGAUUUUUUUGAGGUUAUUGAGGGUAUUAACCCUAAUAACAGCGACAACCCUGCAAUACCUUCCAAAUAACUUUCAUACGUAUACAAUUCUGCGUGCGUAUGACGUACUUAAAUAUUUUUCGUUUAUCAACGACUUAGAACAUCAACAAAAUAUCAUUGUAUCAUUGGAUGCCAAUUGAAGUUAUUGUGUCUCUGUAGUGUGGGACUUUGCGUGAUUUGAAUUUGUUGUGUUUUUAGCUCUUUAAAAUCCAAAAAAUUAUUGUGUAUGAAUACCUCACGUAAAUUUUGUCAAAUCAGGACCGUGAAAAAACUAGAAUGGGCCACGCUCUAACAAUAAAAAAAAUAAAAAGUUGUAUUUCAGUGGUCAUGAUUGAACACCACAAACAAAUUUGCAUGCGGAGUCCGUACGCAAUAACCGAUCUUAAAAUCCACAAAAACCCCGCAAUCCGAUUUCGAUCUCCCUUCUUUCUCUAGCAUCUGAUAAUUUUCA